GGGGAGCAGUCAGCGAGGAGCCGCUUCAUAGGCAGUGGUGUAAAGUUUGGUGGGGGGCGGCGGCGUAUGGUGGAGCUUUUCUAACACAAGAAGACAGGACCGAGCUGGAGAAGUUUCAUCUCAAGCCACCAGUGAAAGAUCGGCAGAGGAGACUUUCCAAGGGAGAGUUCCCAGACAAGAACCAGGGAGGAGGAGGGGGGUGGGGGGGAGAGACUUCAUUGGGCACCAGCCUUGGCACUACCCCUUGUUCUGCACCCUGGCACUAGCCUUAGGAUUACCCCCACUGGUUCUGAAACAGCUCCUGACAAUAUCUUUUUGAGUUUACCCCUUGCCACUAUCCUUGGCACCAGUCCUGGAACUGCUACUGGCAUAAUCCUUCGAAAUUACGUGUGGUGCUUGGCACUACACCACUGGAACACCUCCCGGAACUCUUCUUUGCAUUACCCCUAGUACCCCCCCCCCCGUAACUGCUCCUGGAACGCUUCCCGUUGGUACUACCCCGGAUUUAUUCUUGGCAUUACUUCUGGUCCCGUCCUCUACCUGGAGCUACCCCUGCUCGAUCCUUGGCACCACGUUUGGUUCUGUAGGUAGAAACUGCUUCUGGAACUAUUCUUUGCAUAUCCCCUGGCUAUCCUCAGCAUAUCCCUUGGCACUGCCCCCCCCAAUAACUGCUCCUAGAAACAUUCUUUGCUACCAUCCGCAAUACCCUAGGUACCACCCUCCAUAAGCAGCUCGUUGCAUAUCUCUUUGCUACCCUCAGCAGCUCCCCUUGGCACUACCCCUGUAACUGCUCCUGAAACAAUUGCAGUACGUAGAGCUACCAGUAUUGUACCUGGAACUUCUCCUGACAACUACCUUGUGGCACUACCUCUGCUGCUACCCUUGGCACUGUCCCUAGUACUGCCUCCUAUACACUGCCUGGAGCUAUCCCUGGCACUGCCUUUGGCACUCACCCCAACUAGGGGCGGGAGAUGGAGGUGCACAUUGGACUCGGGGGGGUCUACAAGCAGCCUCCGGGAAAAAUGAUACGUGGAGCCUUUGAGAAUCUUUUUUUGAGCGUCAGGGAGGCUCUGCAAGGUGAGAGGAGAUCAUCUGCUUCUCUAGACACCUCCAGCCCCAUCUCUGCCUGCGUUCACCCCCAUACCACCUGGAACGAAUCCUCAACCUGGUCCGAAGUCCGGGGCACCCCGUGGAGAGAACAGCAGGGGGCGCAGCCGGAUCCGCCACCCUGUAGCCCGAGGAGCCAGGCGCCCCAGUUCACGCUCAGCAGCUGCACCACCGAACUGAAGGAGAUCCUGGGUGACCAGGGGGGGAUGCCGGAGGAGGGCAACUCAGAGUCAUCGUCCAAAGAAGGUUAUCCAGAGAGCAUCUCCGACAGCGCCAAAGAGAUCUGCAAAGCGGUGUCCGUGUCCCUGGGACUCAGCAUGGAGGCACUGGAGCAUCUGAGUGCCGCAGGGGAGGGGCAGAGAGGUGACUGCAUGUUCGCGGGACCCCCACAUCAUACGAUGGACGCCCAGACGUGCCAAGUGGCUGAGGAAGACAAGAGUGACACCUCAUCCUCCCAGUACCGUGAAGGUGCCUUUAGGAGGGCUGGCCAGAGUACUUAUUCUGCUGGCAAAGCCCCAGAGGAUGGCAGUUCAUUGCCCACAGAAGAUAAAGAACAGCCCUGCACCGACAUGGCACUGCCGGAGCCCGGGAGCUUGAGAAGCCGUGGGAUGGAGGUCAUGCCGAGCCUGACCUUAUACAAGCCUACCGCAUUUAUGGAGGACGCUUCUGCUUACCCGGGCAGGGACUACUACAGCUUUCAGAUGGCACUCGCUCCACAUGGCAGGAUAAAAGUGGAGAGCCCCAUUGAGUUCGCUGGCAGCGCUUGGGGGGGACCGAGCAGAUACGGCGAGUUUCCCGGCUUCCCCCACUGCGGCCCAUCUGCCAACUGGCAUUCCCUCUUUGAGGAAGGACAGGCCACGGCUUCUUACACAGAUGCCAGCUUGUACAGCUAUCCACGGAGCCAUGUACCGCCUGGCCCGGAUGGUGAAUACUCUGCCGAAGCUUGGUAUCCGGCGACCGCCAUGUUGGGUAGGGUUCCAUAUGGCAGUCCGAUGAAGACCGAGAUGAACCCAUGGAUGGACGGCUACCCUGGUGCAUUCGGAGAGAUUAGGCUGGACGGGGGUAGAGAGCACCUUUUACCCAUUGACUAUUACUUCCCGCCGCAGAAAACCUGCUUGAUUUGCGGAGACGAGGCGUCCGGGUGCCACUACGGAGCGCUCACAUGCGGCAGCUGCAAAGUCUUCUUCAAGAGAGCAGCAGAAGGAAAACAGAAAUACCUGUGUGCCAGUCGUAAUGAUUGCACGAUCGACAAAUUCCGGAGGAAAAACUGUCCGUCGUGUCGUCUGAGGAAAUGUUAUGAGGCCGGCAUGACAUUAGGAGCACGUAAACUGAAGAAGUUGGGUAAUCUGAAGGCUCAGGAAGAGUUGGAAGGCUCUCCAGGACAGAGUGAAGGAAGAGAGAUGCCAAACAUGUCCAUUCCACAGCUUGAGGGCUACAGCUGCCAACCAAUUUUCCUUAACGUGCUAGAGGCUAUAGAGCCUAUCGUGGUAUGCUCUGGACAUGAUAACAACCAGCCUGACAGUUUUGCAUUGCUGUUGAGCAGCCUCAAUGAGCUCGGAGAGAGGCAGCUAGUGCAUGUGGUGAAGUGGGCAAAGGCAUUACCAGGUUUCCGUAACCUGCAUGUAAAUGACCAAAUGACCGUCAUACAGUACUCCUGGAUGGGACUGAUGAUAUUUGCCAUGGGAUGGAGGUCAUUCAAAAAUGUCAACUCAAGAAUGUUGUACUUUGCUCCAGAUUUGGUGUUUAAUGAGUAUCGCAUGCACAAAUCACGUAUGUACAGCCAGUGUGUUCGAAUGCGUCACCUAUCACAAGAAUUUGGAUGGUUACAGAUCACACCGGAGGAAUUCCUGUGUAUGAAGGCCCUUCUGCUCUUCAGCAUUAUUCCUGUGGAAGGUCUGAAAGACCAGAAGUGUUUCGACGAGCUUCGGAUGAACUACAUUAAGGAAUUAGAUCGUGUCAUCUCCUGCAAAAGGAACAACCCAGCUUCAAGCUCACGGCGGUUUUUCCAACUCACCAAACUCCUGGAUUCAGUGCAGCCAAUCGCUCGUGAGCUGCACCAGUUUACAUUUGACCUAUUUGUAAAGGCCCAGAUGGUGAGCGUGGAUUUUCCUGAGAUGAUGUCUGAGAUCAUUUCCGUCCAGGUCCCCAAGAUCCUGUCUGGAAGAGUCAAGCCCCUCUACUUUCACAGUUCAUGAAGAGCCCUCUGUUGGCCGUCUCCCUUACCCAUGCAGUGUGCCUUAAGGGUCACCGUGUACAGAUUAUGCAAAAUGGACUCCGCCUCCAGUCUUCACCGUGUCAUGUCUGAAAGGCGUGGCCGCAAAAAAGGCGCAUGUUUGUGUGCAGGACGAUUGUCAUGCAAAAGCCACAAGCUAUAAGUGUGCCAUGUGACCAACCCACAGGAGGACACACCGGGGAACCAUCACGGUUUUUACUAGCAGACUACAGUGCUGGAGCACUUCAGUUUAAAAUGGGAAUUUCUGGGGGAAUCUGGGAAAUAUGGAUGUGUUUCUACACAUUAUACCAAUAUGUCCAUUUUCAUAUAUGGCGGUUUAUACAACAUUGUGUAUCCAAUGUGAGAAGUAGUGGAUGGAAAAAUAGACAAAAUUUAAUGCAAAAUGUUUUGCGUACAUCUCUGCAUUGUAUACACAAUUCCACAUGUUUUAUUCCUCUAUCCUUUGCAAGUACCAAAAAAAAAAAAAAAAACCUGGGGAUUUAGCCAGAAAUCCAGUAAGCUUUAAGCUCCUGUAGAGAGCUGACAACUUUGUCUCUGCUGCACUGAAAUUCCAAUCAGUCCCAAGCACCCUUCUGAGUUCUCCUUGGGGGACUACAGAAUACGCCCCCCUUAUGUUAUGGAGAGGAGGAUCGGAAAAGGCGUUCUAUGUAGUGUAGCAAAAGAAAACUGGGUGGGGCCAACAACACUUCUAGGGAUUUUCAGUGCAGCAGAGGCAGCGUUGCCAGCUCAAUACAGGAAUUAGGGCGCUCACUGGAUUUCUGGCAGGUCAACACUUAUUUUUCUGUACUUGUAGCAUUUUUAAAGAGACAAUGUGUUAAUGUGCAUGUAUUGUGGAGAUGCACUAAAAAAAAUGUAUUUUUAUUUUGUCCUGAUAUAUAUUUUAACUAUAGACAGAACUCAUUAGCAAAAGAAUGUAUUCUCUUGGCUACGGACCCUAGUCAACGUGGCAAGGACUUCUUUACACUUGGUGUUGCUCCAUGAUAGAUUUAAUGUUGAUUAUGUGUUCUUGUGUAUCAGCCAGGAGAUGUCGGGGCUAUAUUUACAAGCUAAAGGGGUGAUUGAGUACUUCAGCUUUAAAAGCUAAAGGGGUGAUCGAGUACUUGAGCCGGCAAUGAAACAGUACUUUAGAUACAUGACCCUCUGAUUGAGGAGCACAGCUGUACUUAUAAUGCUGACUCCGAUGGCGAGGGGGCUAAGGAGAUGAGAGGCAUUCAAAUGACUGCUCAAGGAUGCCUUAGGAAUAAAAUCAACUCCAUGAAAAUUGCAAAGAAGGGUCUAGUCCAAGUUCUCAAUUAUCCACCCGGGGGAACACAUGCUCUAAUAGCUCUCUGAGAUACUAUACUGGAUGCCUGGGCUUUUAUCAGCUUUUAUUUCUUAUACGUAGCAUGUCUUAGUGAUAUGUUAAGCUUGAUAUACUAAUAAUAUCAACGUUUUCAGUAUUUUAUUUGUGCAGCUUAAUUUAGAUCAUGUAUAUUGCCGGAGAACGAGACACAAUAUUUAGACUCGCUGAAUGGUAGUAAAGUAUUUUUAAGUAAUAGUAGCCACCACAUUGUUUACGAAGCCCGAGCUACACUAUAUGGCAAACAUCUUGUGGACACUUGACCAUUACACCUAAAUGAGCUUGUCGUUCAUCCCAUUCCAGAACCAUGGCCAUUAAUAUGGAGUUGUCCACCUUUGUGGCUUUAAUAGCCUUCACUCCUCUGGGUAGGCUUUCCAAAAGAUUUUGUAGUGUGUCUGUAAACAUUUUUGGCCAAUAUAAUAUUUUCGAGGUCAGGUACUGAUGUUGGAUGAGUAGACCUGGCUCACAAUUGGCAUCCCUGUUUAUCCCAAAGGUGUUCAGUAGGGUUGAGGCCAGAGUUCUCUGAAGGACACUCAAGUUCCUCUAUGCCAAACUGGUCAAAUCAUGUCUCAUUAUGGACCUGGUUUUAUUCACACCUCCUUCUCCUCAAAUUCACCUCCUUCUUCUUCUGGGAAGGGUUUCUAAAACAUUUUGAAGUGUGUCUUUAUAACACCAGAAAAGAAGAUCUAGCUCUGUGUCUGAGUUCAUCCCAGUUCAUCCCAGUAGGGUUGAGGUCAGGGCUCUAUACCAUUCAUGUUCCCCCACACCAAACUGGUCAAAACUAUUUUUUGGAGUAAGCUUUAUGCAAAUGAACUCAACCUUUUUGGAGGGGUGUCAACAUACUUUUUGCCAUAUAGUGUAUCAGCAGGGAACCCCGUCGUUUGGAUGUUUACAAAUUGUGGUAAUGUGUGCUUUCUAUUAGGGCCAGUGGGGCCAAUUUACUAGAAGUAUAAAUUUGCACUAGCCUAAAUCCUGAAGGGUUUAAAAAAAAAAAGUCUGAAAGUAUCCCUAAACCUGUUUGAAUGUUUGAAGUGAACAUAGUCUGGGACUCCAGUAAAUCAGUUUCAAAGGGUUAGACAAAAGCCGGCCUUAGAUGGAUGGAAUCUUGACCAGUUCAGCAUGGACCAGCUGAGAUUCGAUCCAUCUAUAGUGGGCAGGCUGGUUAUACCCAAGUUGAUCCAUCGAUCGACAUGGGUACAACAAGCCUAUUGGGUUUUUUACAUGCAUUUACUGCCGGCAGCUAUAGCCACUAAUCAUUGAGUUCACCCAGUCAGGAAGGUUCCCCGUCGACAGAACACAGUAGCGCUGUGGCAGAGAUUUCACCAUCAACACAGUGUUGUUGGGGUAAUCAAGCCAUUUUCUUUUCUGCAACCCAUGCUGGAAGGCAAGAAAAUUGCAUAAUCUUUGGUCUACUUAAUACACCGUGAUUAACUUUGGAAAAUCUUUUUAACUUGUGAUGUUUUCAUUUUCAGUGCCAUUAUGUGUUUUACACUGGUGGUUAGGCUCCCUUGUUUUAAAGAGCAGUAAGCUAGAACUAUGUAAAAGGAGGGGAGUCUGCAUUGUAUCGGAUGGGGGAUGACUUUCUUCCUACAUAGCUGGUACAACAAUGAUGUUCCAGCUUGAUUAUGCAAUUGUGCAUUGGGUUCCUACACACAUUUCCUUUUUUUUCUACACACAUUUCCUGUGUAUUUCUGUUCUUCUUCCUCUCAAAGUGAAAGGUUCCCCUAAAUGGCUAAAAAGCUGAACUCCAAGCAGAUAUGUAAAAAAAAUACCAAUAUGUGGUCCUUAAAAAUAAUGAAAUGCAUUUGUUGGGGACAUGCUGAAGAAGACAAUACGAAACUGAAAAAUGUUUUACAUGAGGCUAGCAGAAAUCAAUGCUAUUACCCAAUGUUCCCAUUGUAGACUGCAGAGGGCUGAACAUCAUAUACCAAAGGGCCUCAGGGCUUUAAGGUAUCUGCGUUGGGAUACACACAUAUAUAUUUACUAGAUGUCCAUCAUAUACCUUCAUCUACAGUCUUCUACAUAGCUUAUAUGCUGCGGGACAAUUUGUUUUUCUGCGUACUGGGUCCUUAUUGAUUUCUAUGUGGAUAUCGCCCAUGGAUCUCCAACUUCAGGUGACCACCCCAUACAAGUCUAUGAGGGCCCAGCACACAAGCUCAAGUAGAAAGAAGAAUCAGAAGGCCAAGACUGCAAGAUUGCGGUAAGUAUGCACCUGGGUUUGUGUAUCAAAAUCCAUAUAUUUAUUUAUUAAAGUGCAAAGCAAGCAGCAGCAAGUUCAAGUGCAUAAUCCUUCAUGCAAAGCAGCAAGAUUUCGUGCCACUAAGCAGGCUUCCUCAAGCAUGGAGUACUCUAAUAUGCUCCAUUAUGCAUUUGAACUUGCUGUUGCCUUGCACUUUAAUGAAGAGCUAUAUGGACUGAAUAUUUUAAUGUCUAAGUCGUCGGAGCAUAUAACUUUUUGCUUUAAUGGAGAACUGUUUGCCUAAUCUAUUCGGCUGUCUUUUUCCUGUACAAGGCAUUUGAUACAAAGAGGAUUGGAGUGCUUUUGUGUAUGAUAAAUUGCAACCAAAAAAUUGGUGUGCCCAACACCCUCAUCCCAUCACAUCUAGCAUGACACUGGUGCCACAGCAGGGCUCCUGUUAGCCAGGAAUUGAACAUCCAAUGUAGAAAAAAGUUGGCAUUCCACUGGAGAUCCAUAACAAAAGUUUGUUAAAGACUACGUUUUUUUUUUUUU